AUGAAGACAAACAAAAAUGUUAAUAAUGAUUGUCCGACAAGGCGGAAUUCAACCUUUGUUUUAAUAGAUGCUAUUAUUGAUCUCAAACAUGUAAUUAUCAAAUUGUUUACCGAAAAAUGGUCAUUGAAUUUACGAAAAGAUCAAGUAAUUAAGUUAGCAAAACUUGAAUUAACAAUUGAAAAUUGGGAUUUAUUGUCGGUAUUACGUUUUGUUUUAAAACCAUUUUAUCUUGCAACUAAAAUGAUGUCUGGAAAAGAAUAUGCUACAAUUGGCUUAUCGUAUUAUGCUAUAAAUGAAAUUAAAUGCUUUUGUGCCAAAGAUGAUAAAUGUAGCGAACAAAAUGAUGUUCAUCCAUUAGAAUCAUCCUCAAAUGAUAAUUCGACAAGUUCAUCAACGUUAUCAGCACAGAUUGAAGUGAAGCCAUCUGUUUUUGACGAAUUUAUUGCUGCAUGUGGUCAAGAAGAGAUCAUAUUAACAAGCAACAAUAAAGAAAAAAGCAAACGUAUCAGUAUAAAUGAAGAAUUAAAAUACUUCAAACUAGCCGUCCAACAGUUUAAUGCAGCAGUACAGCCAUCAACACAAUCUGCCAAAAUUUUUUGGAAAGCACAUAAAGAUCGACUACCAUUAUUGACACACUUGGCCAAAAUACAUCUAUCAGCUUGUGCUACAAGUGUGCCAAGUGAGAGCGCCUUUUCACAAUCUGCAUUCAUAGGUCGUAAAGAAAGGAGCCGCAUUACCGGCGAAAAUCUAGCAUAUUCCGUAUUCUUGAAAGAUAAAUUGUAA